AUGCUCUACAUCUUAAAUUGUGGAAUGGCCUUUCUACCAGGCGUAUGGAUUGAGCUGCUUGUUAUGUUCCGUGUCUAUAUGUUGGCUGCUUAUUGUGCUUUGAAAGAGUUGCUGUUCGAGGCAGCGAAUCAAGGAAUCAAAAAACGUCUCGAAAAUGAGAUCCGGAAGUCUCGUGCUAUAAGAUCCGCUCGCAACAAGCGUGUUUUCAUCACUGGAGCCGAUGGCACGAUUGGACGAGAGGUGGUUAGAAAAUUCCUCCGACAUGGCUUCACUGUGCACGCAUUGGUUGGGAAUCGUGCCAAAGCGAAUGUAUUGUUCGAAUCUCUGAACGGAUCCCGAAUGCCACUGACACUUUAUGAGGUCGACUUCGCAGACCCUCAUGAGGUAGCUAAGUUUGCAAGAGGAUUCAUUAACAGAUGUGGCGAGAUCAGUGUGAUGGUGCUUUGUGCCGGCACUUUGCUGGCUGAUGUAGAAUUUAUUGGCGACGUCGAACGUCAUAUGUGCGUCAACGUGGUUUCGCAAGCCUUACUUUUGAAUCUGUUAAAACCAUUGCUGGCACGCGAUGCAAGGAUACUAUUUCUGAGCUCAUCAACUGCAACCGUAUCUCACUACACGAGCUCUAUGUUGCAAGGAGGUGGUUAUUUUCGAUCUGUUGUUCUUCGCAAGAUCCUUCCUUUGCAUCUGGAAUAG